AUGUCUUAUGUGCUUCAAAAUUCUGAUCAAGUGUCGAAGUAUAUCAGUCAAGAACUAAAAGGAGGUACCCAUUCUGACAUUGCUGUGUAUGCCUUUGGCAAACGCUACGAGCUUCACAAGCUUAUUCUUGGGGACAGUACCUACUUUAAGAAAAUUCUUCAAGGAUUGCCAAGCCACUCCACAGAAAUUAAGGUAAAGUUCCCGUACGAUACCGACAUUUACUUGACACAGUCAACAUUUAAAAAAGGAUUUUGCCUUGGGGAUUAUUUUUACCUCCUACUAUUUAGGUAUCUCUGAUUUAGUAGAGUUGGAAAUAAAAAGCUUUAGUUUAUCCCAAUCCUUCUCUGAUGUUGCAAAAUUGAUGGAUAUCGCUGCUAGUGGAGAUUUCGACUCUGCAUUACCUGCACUUACGGACUUGACAGCCUCUGUCAUAUGCAAUCAUGGAUGGGAUGCUGGUUUUAAGAAAUGGAGAGGUAUACCACCAGCAUUGGUUUUCCAAUCUCUUAGUUCUGACUCCUUUUUUGUUCCUGACGAAUGGGAAAGAAUAUUGUUUUUGAUUAAACUCAGUUUCUUUUUCAAAUACAAUAGUGGAAAAUGGCGAGAAUACAAGCCGGUGGUUAAAUUAUUGUUCGAUAGACAUGUCUAUUAUUCGAAUCUAACUACUGAUCAAUUAUAUAUAUUGGAAGGGUAUUCAGGAAGAUCUACUCUUGGAUUGAUGGAUGUUGAAAUUAUCAGACGUGCCAUUUCUGAACGAAGUACUAUUCAAAGCAAACUAGGUACCAACGCUUUAAAACUUGGAUUAUUUGAGAGAAUAUCGUUGAAAAAUGACGAUAACUUUAAGAAGUUAUGCAAGAAUGAAAUACAUAUACUUCACCUGGAAUGUGACACUCAUUUCGGUCCAAUUGUCUAUGUAAAGAGAAGAAUUAUUGGCGAUGGUGAGGUGGAGACAACCAUAUAUCCAAAUAAUAAGAAACAUUUCAAAUUAGUAAGUAGCAUUCCACCAUUGAGGGCAUCUUUCACAUUUAAAAACAUUCAUAAGCUCCAGAGAAAUGAAAUUCAUUAUUCUCAUGCUAUACUCUAUCACGGGUCUAUUUGGAAACUUGGCAUCUGCAUGUCUCUGGAUGGUAAUACUGGCUCUGAUUUAGAGGAUGAAGUCUUGAAAAUAACGUACCAUUGGACGGCUUUCCCAUCAUUAAUCUUUACUGCAAGAGCACCGGAGAAGAUGAGCUUUCUUUAUCUUGAUUGGAGGAAACAAUUUGGGGAAACGAAACACCGGAAAUUGAGGUGGCUAUUUGGAACUGAUUUUGUUGAGCUCCCUGGGGUUCACCCCAGUUGGUCUCUCCGCGGAAUAUCUUCGAGUGAUAAAAGGGAAUUUAUCAGUGGUGCAUUUGCAUUGUACUCACGCAUGACUGGUGAAGAUCACUUGAGUUUUAAUGGUGAAACCAUCUACACUUCAUCAAAAGUUGUAGGUCACGGGAAUGUCCACCUGAUCACCGUGAAUCGAACAACUGGCGAAAUUACUAAGGAAAGCUCAACUUUUAGACCUACUAUAUUGUUUUCACUCUGUUAG